AUGUCUGCCAGUCAUCUACCCGGCAAUAGGAACAGCACUCCUGAGGUUUCGGGCUCCUCACUUCGUCCGCCUUCUUCUCGCGCUAUUGGGGCUGGUCACCAUUUGCGCGCUUCGGCGGACAUGGGAGCCUUUUCGAACACGCCUUUGGCGAACCGCGGCAUCCGGCCCUCCUCUGAGGUCUACUUUGGACAGUCGCACUCCAGCCAGAACCAAGGCAACGAAGACGCCAUGGAUCGGGCUGCGCAGCAGUGGAUUGCGGACAUCGACCAGUAUGAGAUAACGCUGGAGGAGAUGGCUACUGCUACCCUCGAUCAAGAUUUCAAGGACGAGCUGAGUGCUAUCGAACAGUGGUUCCGGGUGCUUAGCGAGGCCGAGAGAACUGCGGCGCUCUACCAGCUACUGCAGCAAACCACACAAGUCCAGAUUCGAUUCUUCAUUCAGGUCUUGCAACAAAUGGCCAAGACGCACCCGAUCUCCGGCGUGCUGUCCCCCGCCAAUUUCGGCGAAAAGGACCCCAUGUCCCAGCGCCUCAGCGACGCAAUGAGCAAGCUCAAUGUCGAAGGGUCCCGUAACUCCAUCGGUCUCGGUCGCCCACCGCCCUCCCCAGGCAAUAAGCGCAACUCAGGGUUAGACCCUGCUACCAUCAAUCAAAUGUUUCCAGAUGCCGCGGCCGCCAUUGCGAAGCAGAAAGCGGAGUUCACUCAACACACUGGCGCUGUGCCCACUUCGAAUCGCAACAGCACGAUAGGCGACCGUUCCUCUCUGCUUGCACCAACCAUAUCUGCACCGGAAGAUAUCCGCAAAGAGAACAUAGCGCCGCCGCCAUCAUCGCCGUGGGGUCCACGAAGCGCUGAUGCGCAGCGACCAAAGUCAUCAUCCGGUCAGCCGCCUAUGGGACAGUUCACCCAGCCGCCUCCAUCGGCGGGUGGAUUACGUUCACCUCGUCCACUAGCACUAUCUGGUGACAGCAACCUGCAAAGCACUUCCAUCAGUGCCCCUGACAAUAGCGCAUCUGGCAUGUCUAUUUUGUCGCCGUACGCAGGGAGCGGUAACUGGGCGUCUAUGGUCAACACGCCGAUGGUCCCUAAUUUUUCUGCCCAGCAAAGCGCGAACCAGGCUGACAUGGUCGCAAACGCGACUGCGAUGAAGCUUGCUGCUCUUUCUACAGUGAACAACCGUAUUCAGCUUGACGAUGUUCGCAAGUACCGCCGUGCACGCUCGACCGAAGGCAACAAUCCUGGCCUGGACCUUGGAUCUGGCCUCACGGGUGUGCCAAGCGCCAACUUCAUCAUGACCAACGAGCUCGGUCACAUCCUCUCUCCACAGCAGGCCGCUGCUCUCCAAGCACAGCAACUUGCCGCCAUGCAAGGACGUCGCUCGCGCCCGAGCUCGCCUGGUCUCGCCAUGGCCGGCAGUCUUGGCGGCAUGGGCAGCUUUGCCAUUCCGCAGAACAACGGUUUCUUGUCUGCUUACGAUGGAAGCUCACCCCUAGCAAACAACAACCUUACUGGCAUGAAUCUUGCUCAAUUCGGCAUUGGUCUCGGUGGGGGCCACGAGGGGUACCUGUCCGAUCACUCAGAGGUCCAGCGUGGCCGAUCACCACGAGGCAGGAGAGGCAGCAGCAAGCCUCCAGAGGACCCCACGGAUCUGACCCUACUUAAGGAUAUCCCGAACUGGCUUCGGACUCUGCGACUCCACAAGUACACUGACAACCUCAAGGACCUCAAGUGGACAGAAUUGAUCGAGCUGGAUGACGAGGGGUUAGAGAAGAGGGGCGUGCAAGCAGUGGGUGCGAGAAGGAAGAUGCUUAAGGUCUUCGAGCAGGUCAAAGAAGCCCAAGCGAACGGUACGCUGUAG